AUGUCUCCGCCCCCUCAAUUUUUCGGCUACUCCUGGGACGACGGGCAGCCGCUCUCUGCUAGUGCCGACGAGUCGGGCACCGUACUCUCUGAGCGCAAGCCGCACGUCCUGCUCCGUCCCGUUUACAUUAAUGCCGUGGAAGUUGGAUUCGCCUAUCACCAAGUGGAUCGAGAUCGUCGGCUUCACGUUCGUGGAGUGACGAUUGCGCUGUGGUACUUCAUCUCCAGAGGGCAUCAGGCCGUCGCCCUGCUCCCGCACUGCUUCAAGGUCUACGCCGACAAGAGCUCGAACUGGACGGAGUUGAUGCACCUCUUCCGGCUGAACCUCAUCGAAUUCACGCCUGGCUUUGGCCCCGACAAGUACGUGGAGGUGAACCGGAUGUUGGCGACGAGGGCCCGGGAGACGGGCGGCUGCGUGGUGGCCCGCAGCCAGAUGCACGCCAUCCUCGACGAGCUGCCCAACCUCGACAAGACGAUCGAGAAAAAGCUUCUGAUGCCGGCGUUUAACGGGGACGACCUGAUUUUUCCGAUGGAUGGACCGCUGGGCCGGAAUGGGCCCACUUUAAACACCACCCUCCGCUGCCCUCCCAGCGACGUCGAGUGGGGCCGCUGCUCGCAUCAUCAGAUGCGCCUCUCCGACCAGCGAAUCUGGGUUCAGCGCCUCACCGCCAUCGUCCCGAAUAAGGCCGCCUGGACGCUCCUUGCCGGAAAGCUCGCCGACUUCACCCCGAAGACCCCGUUGGACAUGAUGCCGCCGAGCUGUGGGCCGUGGCAGCCUCCGCGCGAAUACUCCAAUUCUGGCGCUUCUCCGUGCUGCCGUAACUGUCACCACCCGGGCGAUUGCGGCGUGCGAGCGCAGCCCGUCUACGAGCGCCGCUACGAUCAGCACUCCGACGCGUACUACGAGUGGCGCGGCGGAACCUCGUCUCACGGCCCGUUCCGCCAAGUGCCCCACAACGACCUCCUGGACGGCAGCGUGGCCCCGUCCGUCGCUUCGCCCACCCAGCCGAUUGCCGACAACUCCACCGAGCGGCAGCCGCUCACCCCCAACCGUGCCAAGGAGGUGUUCAACCAGGUGGCCGCGAUCCUCGGAUGGGAGAAGGCAAAAACCGUCACGCAACGCUUGCCCCACGUCGACUCGGUGCAGGCGCUGAUCGAAUACGCCUUCGAGCAGCCGGCCCAAAACAGAUCGACUCGAGCUCCUGCUCCCGAAUCCCCGAAGACGAACGACAACCUCAACACGGGCACCCAGACCCCCACUACCACCGCAUUGGCCAAGUUCAACGAGGCCCUGCCCAUCAUUUCCGCCAGCACGUCCGUGUCGCCCGCCACCAACACCACCACGACGACGAUGACCAGCGAGCCGGAGGUGGAAGAGGAAAUUCUUCUGAUCGACUUCUCAACUCCGGUAGAUGCUCCGCCCGCCAGCUCGACCUCAUCUCCGCCUCCUCCCAUUCUGACGGAGCUGCAGGACCUCCACUUC